CGCCAAGUGGCGGAGAGGUGACGGUAACCGCCUUCCUAUUUCCGCUCAGCCGGGUGGUGGGGUGUAUGUGUGUGUGCGCGUGUGUGUCAGAGGGAGCGAGAGCGCGGAGAGAGGAGUUUCUGCCUCGCUCGCUCCUUCUCCCACUCACGGGAGCCUUGGAGCAGGGCCCGUCUUCCCGCCCCACUUACUUCCCCCCCCUCCCCCCCGCACCGAGCCGUGUCUCAGUCACUUGGGCGCAGCAGGUUGGGGCAGGAGGCUCCUGCCGCCUGCCUAGAAAAUGGUUACUCCGGCGGGGGAGCUCGCACUGAUCGGGCUAGGUAUUUUAUUAGCCGUGUGCCAGGCUUUGGAGAAUACAACAUCUGCCUUGAAUGCAGGUCCCCCUAUGGCAGCCGCAGUGGUUUCACAUUUUCAUGAGUGCCCAGAUUCCCACAGUCAGUACUGCUUUCAUGGAACCUGUAGGUUUUUGGUGGAGGAGGAGAAGCCAGCAUGUCACUGCCAUUCUGGGUAUGUUGGGGCACGAUGUGAACAUGCAGACCUCCUUGCAGUGGUGGCAGCCAAUCAGAAGAAACAGACCAUCACUGCCCUGGUGGUGGUUUCCAUAGUAGCCUUGGUUGUCCUCAUUGGGGUCUGUGUGCUAAUACACUCCUCCUGUAAAUGCUGCUCACACAUCAUCAGUAGAGACAGAUGUGGUGUAAUGGAAAGAGCACAGAACUGGAAAGGAGAUGAAGGAUCAAGCUGCUGUCGGAUAAGGAAGCCUUGUGAGUGGUGCCGAGGCUUCAUCUGUCAGCAUGAGAAGCCCAGUGACCUCUUGAAGGGAGGAACAACAACCUGUUGCCGCUCAGAGACAGUGGUCUGAAGGAAGGACACCAAGGGAUACAGCCGGUUGGACUGCUGCUGCCUGAUAAAGGAGAAAGGACUCUUCUGAAGAAGUGCAUUUUCCAUGGAAGCAAGUAUUGCUGGGGACAUACUAGCAAGCAUUUUUUUCCUGCAUUGCCUCAAAAACUCCUAUGCAUCCUCUUUAUUAUUUGCUGGGCUUUCAGAACUCAUCAAGAAUUCCAUCUGCUUGGGGUUACUUGGUGUGAACUGAGGAUGGAAAUCGGCAGACCACGUAACCCUUAAGACUGCGUUUUUGGAGCUGGAUGACGGAUGAUGCUGGAAGGAACUGCAAAGAGGGUUGGCUUCUUGUUUACGUAGCAAAGUUGGAUGCAGGUGUGGAGGUGUUUGAGUUUGGUGCAGG